AUGGAAGAGGCUGCAGCUCCCUCAGAGCCCCACGAAGCCGCCGGGGACGCAACAGAUGCCCCGGCGGCCGAAGAGGCGGCCGCUGGGCCCAGCUACCGCACGCACCCGGUCUUCCGGCGUAUGGAGCCUGGAGGCCCGCCCCCCAUCGGCACGUCACGUCUGCGAUUGGCCUACGCCUCUGUGGGCGGGGCCAGGCCCAGGGAAGGGCCCGGACCCAGCUGGCUGCAGAGCCAGCGGCGCCCAGGCCCCUGGACCAACCAAGUCGUCUGCAGGUAUUUUCGCCAUGGGAUGUGCAAGGAGGGGGAGAACUGUCGCUACUCCCACGACCUCCCGGACCCGGAGGAGGCCGGGGAGGACCGCGGGUCGCCGCCACCCCAGGCCCCCGAGGAGGAGCUAGGCCCCGGCGCGUUUGCGGCUGCGCACUAUGAGCUAGAGACCCAGCCUCAGGAAGGGGCGUGGGCCCCGCCUCCUGACUCCUGGGGCGCCUUGCCUGCGAUUUGCUUGGUCACUGACAGGGUCUCCUUGGAAGCCGAGACUGACGAUUCAGCGCUCGGAGCUGUGGGGGGAGCAGAUGCUGAAGGCUGGGCAGCAGGUGCGCACGGCUGGGCAGCAGAUGCGCAACGCUGGGCAGGAGGUGCGCACGGCUGGGCAGCAGGUGCGCACGGCUGGGCAGCAGAUGCGCAACGCUGGGCAGGAGGUGCGCACGGCUGGGCAGCAGAUGCGCAACGCUGGGCAGGAGGUGCGCAAGGCUGGGAAACUGGCGCGCAAGGCUGUGAAGCAGGCGCUCAAGGCUGGGCAGCAGGCGCGCAAGGCCGGGCAGCAGGUGCGGAAGGCCGGGCAGCCGGUGCAGAAGGCUGGGAAGCCGGUGCAGAAGGCUGGGAAGCCGGUGCGCAAGGCUGGGCAGCAGGUGCGCAAGGCCGGGCAGCCGGUGCAGAAGACCGGGAAGCCGGUGCAGAAGGCUGGGAAGCCGGUGCGCAAGGCCGGGCAGCCGGUGCAGAAGGCUGGGAAGCCGGUGCGCAAGGCUGGGCAGCAGGUGCGCAAGGCCGGGCAGCCGGUGCAGAAGGCUGGGCAGCCGGUGCGCAAGGCUGGGUAGCCGGUGCGCAAGGCUGGGUAGCCGGUGCGCAAGGCUGGGCGAAUGCCACUGAAUUUGUUCCGGGGCAACCGUACUGGGGCCGCGAGGCGUUCCCCGCCCCCGAGCUUCCCCAGCAGAACUUGGAGAUGGAAAGGGAGCGGCGACUCUGCCGCGACGCCGCCAUGGGGCAGUGCUUCCGCGGGGAGAGCUGCGCGUAUCUCCACGGCGAGCUAUGCGAGUUGUGUGGGCGGCAGGCGCUGCACCCGGUGGACGCCGCCCAGAGGGCAGACCACAUCCAGGCCUGCAUGAACCGCCACCAGCAGGAUAUGGAGCUGUCCUUCGCCGUGCAGCGCAGCGCUGACAAAGUGUGCGGCAUCUGCAUGGAGGUGGUCUACGAGAAGGCCAACGAAGGCGACCGCCGCUUCGGCAUCCUCUCCAACUGCAACCACACCUACUGUCUCAGGUGCAUCCGCACGUGGAGGACUGCCCGGGAGUUUAGGAGCAGGGUGAUCAAAUCCUGCCCGCAGUGCAGGGUCUCCUCGCGCCUGGUCAUCCCCAGCGAGUACUGGGUGGAGGAUCCGGCGGCGAAGCAGGAACUGAUCCGGCAGUACAAGGAGGCCAUGCGCGCCAAGACCUGCAGGUAUUUCGCUGUAGUCAGGGAUUGCUGCCCGUUCGGCGAGAACUGUUUUUACAGGCAUGCGGAGCCCGAGGGCCAGGGAGAGCAGGUGGUGGUGGAGGAGGAGCAGGCGCAGGCGCAGGCGCAGGAGGAGCAGGAGCAGGAGGAGGAGCAGGAGCAGGAGGAGGAGGAGGAGCUGGAGGAGGAGGAGGAGCAGGAGCCUGAGCCUGAGCCUGAGAGGCAGGGUUCUGGGGCCUCGAGCAGCCAAGAGUUGGAGCCUAAGCAGGUGGGAGAGGACAGCAUGCCCUUUAUCCACCGUCAGCGAGAGCUUGUCACGCUUUGGCUGGUCAGUCUGUGGUUGUGUAAGUGUUUCCUUUCACUGGGAGAGAAUGAGCCUCCUUUGUAUUUUUUAUUUUUUUAUUUUUUUGUUGUUCAGAGAACCCGUGGGGACGUGCUUCCUUGGGAAGGAGCGGGGAGGCCAGUGGGGGGGGGGCGGGGGGGGGGAAGAUUGCAACUUGAAUCUGUGGCAUGUGGUGUCGUGUGUUCACUGCUUCUGUGCUGACGCUCGACCAUCCGCUGUUGCCUGUUGUUUUUAUCCGCCCGUGGAUAGACCCAUCUGCCAUGUACAGCAGCUGUUGAAGCCAUUUCUAUGGGCCACUCAUCCGUGUUCUCGCCCAUCCCCAUUACUCCCCCCCCCCAGGAGUGUGGUGCUCCCCUCCCCCCCAUAAUAACACAAAGUCCUUUAAUGUUAUUGUUGUUUUUUUGGUGUGUGGUGGUGGUGUUGUUUUUUUUUUUUUUUCUUGGUGCAGUGCCUCUUGACUGUCAGUUUAUGGUUUAUUUUGUCAUCUCUGUUUUCAACAGGAUUGACUCAGUUCUAGGCUAGUGUUUACAGGACUUCCACACUCAUUGUGAAGGCCCUCGAGAGUAUGUGGGACAGGGUGAAGGGAGAAGUCUUAACUGAACAGAGGAACUCUGUGCUGCUACAGCCUUAAGAAACCUGGACCCACCCCGGGGGGGCCCUGUGGCAGCUGCCCUCUCGUCUCUGCUGUUUACGUGUGUGUUUCUUCCCUGAUUCAAGUGCACUUUCUUAACUGUGGUGACCUUGUGGUUUUUUGUGAACCAGGUAUCUAUGUUUACAUGUUCUCAUCCUGCUUAACUUGAUGUGAACGUAUUUCUACUUGGAAGUAUGUAUUUCAGACUUGGCGUAGCAAUCGAUGUGCGUAGAAGUGAGUAUCCAAGUGAUGUAUUUGAGCCCUGGCCGGUUUGGCUCAGUGGAUAGAGCAUUGGCCCGCGGACCGAAGGGUCCCGAGUUUGAACUCCGGUCAAGGGCACGUACCUCGGUUGCAGGCCUGAUCCCGGCCUUGGUCUGGGCAAGUGCAGGAGGCAACCAGUUGAUGUCUCUCUCUUUCUUUCUCUCUCUCUCUCUCUGUCUCUCUCUCUCUCUCUCUCUCUCAUCGAUGUUUCCUUCUCUCUCUGUCUCUCUCCCCCUCCCUUCCACUCUCUCUAAAAAUCAGUGGGAAAAUGUCCUCGGAUGAGGAUGAGAAACAACCACAAAAAAGUUAUUUAUUUGAAAACGUCUCUAUAAAGGAUAUAUCGUAUAAUGUUUAUGUCGUAAAGUAAAUAUUGAGCUGGAAGCUAAAGGUCACAGGCUAACAGAAAUUCGCUGUUGUGUGUGAGUGUGAGGUGGUGAAUAAUUCUUGUGUUCCUUCCACAGGCGUCAGUGGUUAGCAUCUGUUGAAAAAAGCUAUUCAGAUGGAUCUGGCCAAAUACGGCACAGAUCCUAAAGGACUUGCUAAAUAGGCCGUUGGUUAUUUCUGUGGUGGCUUGACUAGCUCACUUUGCUGUUACCAAUAAAGAAAUGUGUGUUUACAACCA